CUUGAAAGAUUUAAUCCCAAACUGAAGACUUCAUUCAAGGCCAAAUUUGACCACUUGUUCAUUAUUUCCAGUUACCAUAAAUCAGAUCCUAUUUUUCUCAGUGCCGAAUUGCAUGGUAAAUGCAACUUGCUUUUGUAGCUGGCCUGAACAAUGCUGUCACUCCAGUCACUUCGCAUACUUGCAGCAGCAGUUUUUUUUCUGGUGAUGUGUCAUGCUGAGGAGAAGUGUGCAGGAAUUCCUGGAAUCCCUGGCACCCCAGGAGCCAAUGGAUUGCCUGGAAGAGAUGGCAGAGAUGGUAUGAAAGGAGACUCAGGCCCACCAGGUCCUCAGGGUCCACCCAGUGGCAUGCCAGGUCUUCCCGGAAGAGAUGGGCUUCCUGGGGUGAAAGGGCCCCAGGGUGAAAAAGGCAACAAGGGGGAGAGAGGGGAGCCUGGACCACAAGGCCUGCCUGCUUCUGUUGAUCCUGAAUUGCAAGAAAGCCUCCAGGUUUUAAACCAUCGAAUUACCAGACUGGAAGGAGGCCUACCUGUUUCUCGUGAUCCUGAAUUAGAAGAAACCCUCAAAGGAUUCAAAAAUCAAAUUGCCAGACUGGAAGGAGUCCUUGCCUUCGAUGGGACCAUAACGACAUUUGGAAAAAAAAUGUUUGCUACCAAUGGGCAAGAAGUCGAUUUUGAGACCACACUGGAAGCAUGCAAACAGGCGGGUGGCUCCAUUGCAUCUCCCAGGAAUAAGGGGGAGAAUGAUGCUGUUUUCAGUAUUGUGAGGUUAUUUAAUAGCUAUACCUAUCUGGGCUUAAGGGGGGGUGGGAUUCCAGGUAAAUUCAGUUUCCUGGAUGGAACAGCUGUAAAUUAUACAAACUGGCAUGCAGGUGAGCCCAGUGACAUAGGGAAAGAAAACUGCAUGGAGAUGUGCACUAAUGGUGCCUGGAAUGGCACAAGUUGCAACCAGUCCCGCCUCACUAUCUGUGAAUUUUAAUCCUUGCUCCUACCUUUCCUUCAAAAUGUUGGACAUCUGUAGGGUCCUUUGAAUUCUUUCUUUCAUCCACAAACAAGAAUCUGUUUUCUCAGCAUUGUAGUUAGUGACUUCUGUGAUUAUUCUGUAUGAGAAAAUGAAAAUCAAUAUUCAUUAAGGCAAUACUAACCUGCUAACCAAAAAGGGAGAGCUACCUGUAACCACAGAACUGACUAAUUUACAGGAUUCCUCUCAACCCCACUGGGCUGCUGGUUUCAUUUAGAAGCAGAAUUUGCAAUGUUUAAUUACAGUUAUGAUAUGCCAGCCUAGUCUACCAGCCUGGACCCAUUUGGGACACUAAGGGGUAACCUAUGAACAAGAAAAAUUGUAUUGUUAUCACAAGUUAGGCACAUAUCUGGUGAUCAUCACCAGGAUGGAUGUAGAUGCUGGAAGUGAUGCAGUAUUUCUACAUCAUGUAAUGUUAAAUGUUAGUGAGCAUCCAAUCCAAAAGUGUCAUAAAAUCACACAAAGGGCCACAACUCGUAGAAACAUAGUUUAAUUUUGACCAAAAUUGGCAGAAAACUUCUAAAUACAAUUAAUAAUGUAACUAUGUACUCAAAAUAGUACUGUUUGGAAAGUUUGGGAAAUAUUUAGCUCCAAAUUAACUAUUUUAUGCAUUUUCCCAUACUUUGCCUUUGUCUGGAGUGACACAAAAGUAUGAGCUUGUUUGUUCCACAUAAUACAUAAAACUUUUUGUCAUUAUUUGUAGACUAGACUGAUUUGAGAACAGUUUUUUCAUCUGCUAUUUUAUGAAGUUAUGCAGACAAUAAGACCUCUGCCACCUAAUUAUAGAAAAAAAUUAUUGGCUCAACCGAAGACACAAGUCUAAAGCACACAUAGUACACCUGUAAUUAUCUCCUUACUAUCACUGAAUACAAUGACAAUACAUGUAAACUACUUAUAUAACAGUAAUGACUCUUAGUAGAGGGCUGUAGAAUGUCUUGUAUGAAUAUAUCAUGUGAAUUACAAAGUGUAACUAUGUGCCAUUA